CAAGUUACUAAUAUUGUAAGCCCUGUUUCUCCGGACAGCAAAAAGAUAGAACAUCGUACCUGUAGCUAUAUGAAAUACUUAAACAUAAUGUGUGUAGACGUUGAAAAAGUUACCUUUAGUGAUAGCACAGUUUAAGUUCUAGUUUUUUUAGUAGUUGUAGCGCAAGUAUGGAAUGAGAUGAAGUAGAACAAGAACUUUGUCGACAACACAGAAGAAGUGUGCUAGCAAUCAUGUUGUAACUUGCUCAGAAUUUUGGUGGUCCACUAAAAGGAUAUCGGUGAAUUUUCUCACGCUGACUUCCCACCGUAAUUAUGGCCUACCCCGGCGGUCCAUUUGGCGGCGGGGGACCUCAGCAACCACAGGCAGCGACAAAUCCUUUUGGCGGCGAUGUAACGUCUAACCCCUUCGGCAAUGGCGUUGCCGCCGCGCCCGGUGGCGGCCCACCGCCACCCAUGGGAGGCGGACCGCCGCCUGCAGGUAACCCUUACGGCGCGCAGCCACCACCGCAGCCCGGAGGAGGCUACGGAAUGCAGCCGCCGCAGCAAGGUGGUUACGGCAUGGCCCCACCGCCGAUGGGGGGUCCGGAUCCGUAUGGCCAAAACCCGAACAUGCAGGCGCCGCCAAUGCAGGCGAACGGAGGAGGAUAUGGCAUGGCACCACCGCAGCAGGCAGCGGCAGCGCCACCGCCGCCACCACCAGGUAUGUUGUUGUCGUUUUGGAAAGCGAUAAAAUCAAAACGACGAGGACCAUGGAAUGCAAAUGCCUUUCGUCGUUUCUACAGCCUUUCUGCUUAUGUCCUCUCGAGGAGCGUUUCCGUUGCAGAGGUGCUCUAUAUUUCGCUGCAUGCGGGACGAGCAAAAGAACAGAUGAGCAGCUGCUGCAGUUGUAGCACAGCAGAACGACGAAUAUCAACAAACGUAAAAAAACAAUGUUCUAACAAACUCCACAGGGCCACCAGCCCCAGGGCAGUACGAGCAGCAACAGCCGCAGUAUGUUGGUAGCACACCCGUAAAUCCAGCUAUGGGCGGUGCCAUGGGAAUGGGCGGCGGCCACGGAGGAAAUGUGUACGGCGGUAACUCCGCAGACAUGUAUGCCGACAUGCUGAGGCAGGCAGAAGAGUACUUGCAACUAUGAUUUGUGCGAAUAAGAAUUUCGAUUUAUCUAAAUCAUGUGAUUGUCGCUCGUGGUUGUACUAAAUCUAAAUGAGCUCAUCUUUAUUUAUGCGAGUACCAACAUGUGCAGAUCCAGAUGUACCUGCACGACCAUGAAAGAUUCUUGGUCAGCAGCCCCUCCUGACUGCUUCAAUCACGAUCCAAAACGAACAGGUUGAACUGCGGACAGCACUUCAUUCGUCCAACCAUGAAUCGUGUACCGCAAUCCCUGGGAGCGAAGCAGAAGGUCGGCGUUCCGCUCGGCUGCGUGAUCCAGCCGCUUGCCCCGCCACCGCCUGGCUGUGAGGAGAUCAAAGUGGUGCAAACGACGGGCACUCCACAACCCGCUCCGGGACAGCCGGCGGCGGCGUCACCCACCAGUAUAAAUUCUGACUGUUUUCUAUCCAUGCAAGAGUUCAUGCUCGUCUUAAUUCCCGCAAUGUAUCAAGACGUCCACGUCGGGCUCGGGGGUGAUACUUUUUUUUCUUUCUGCGGAACCUCGGUUCUGAGCCUUACGACUGCGACUGUAAAAUGUCAAUGACUUCAGGUCAAAUAGUGCGGUGUAAGAAGUGCAGGACCUACAUAAAUCCAUUCGUCCAGUGGGAAUACAACGGAAGAAGAUGGAAGUGCAACUUGUGCGGCUUCACAAACGAAACGACAAAUCUGUACCACUACUACUACUUCUGCACUUUAAACAUAGCUUCCUUCCAUUUCUUUGGCAUGGCACGCAGCUGCUCCUCGAAAGGAACGAUUAUGAAUGUUACACCGCUCCUCCGAUGAAUCGCUUCCUUCGCUGGCUUCAUUUCACGAGGCCGAGUGGCCAUGUCGACUGACGCAUAUUCUACUGAUGUGUAUCAAAUGAUUAACUCAUAUAGAUACUACGCCCCCGUCGAUGAGCAUGGGAGGCGUGCCGAUUUAGCAGAAAGACCUGAACUUUCCAACGGUGCAGUUGAGUUUAUCGCCACCGGAGACUACAUGGUUCGGGCACCGCAGCCGCCAGUUUACCUCUUCCUCAUCGAGGUCACGCAGCAGGCCAUCGCCAGUGGCUUUACGCAGGAGGCCUGCCAGGGCAUAAAAAACACGCUCAUGCAGGGCGAGGUUCCGGGUGGGGAUCGAACCCUUUGCGGGAUAGUAACCUUCGACGCGUCGUUACAGUACUACAACCUGGAUUCCAACCUGUCCAGUUCCCAGAUGGUCGUCGUGUCCGAUUUGGACGACUUGUUUUUACCCCUCCCAGACGACAUACUGGUGAACCUGACGGAAAAUUUAGACCAGUUGUGCACACUGUUGGACACAAUACCUUCGCUGUUCCGGGACAACAAAGUCAACGAAUCAUGUACUUAAAGGGUUCGAUCUAGAUCUACUUCUUGUGACUAGCAAUUUUUCAGCGGCAUUUAGUGUGACUGGGAGCAUAAUGCCAGUGCUAGUCGUAGUCAUUGCUGCAAAAUAGUAAAACAAAAACCAAUUUGAGUCUGCUGGACCAGCAGGGUAGCCUGCAGUCCUCCGACCCGUAUCAGUCUUAUCUGUGGUCCUGUUGGUCCAAUGGAAUUGAGUUUGGGAGAAGAUGAAGUAUCCAAGAAAACAACAUCCAAAAUAAACAGGCCUCGGAACCGCUUUGAAGGGAAGUUACAUGGCGAUGAAGCACGUUGGCGGGAAAUGCCUCGCUUUCGCCACAACCAUUCCAACCCUGGGACCCGAGGGCGCUUUGAAACCCGGCAGAGAAAAUCCAAGAUUACAGCAAACUGAUAAAGAAGUCGAGCUCUUGAGACCUGUACUUCUAUUUGACUUUCUCUUUCUCCUAGUCCAGCCCCACCGCAUGCAGCACUUUCAAAAAACCAUAUAGAAACUUCUACUUACAGUUACAGUUUUUACAGUUACAGUUCCCAGUGAUCAUAUUAGCUCUGUCUCACGUAUGCGUUCUUUGCGUGCCUCUGCCUGCCUUAUCAUGUACUAUGGUACGAAAGCGAAACAACAUUUUCAACAGGCGACUGAGGACUACAAGGAGCUCGCUCACAAGCUGAUUUACUACCAGAUGUCUGUCGAUUUGUUCAUUGCUCCAAGAGCCUAUUUUGACGUCGCGACUAUCAAGCUUGUGUCGCAGUACACCGGUGGGGAAGUCAGGUACAGGCCACUACAAUCAUUUUUUGUGACGCAACAAGGAAGGUAGGUACAUUCAAUGACAAUGCGACUCCAGGUCUGCUGGUUGAAUGACUUCAAGUAGAACACCUUCAAUGAUCGCAAUGGUUUUCGCAAAACUCGCUGCAGGUUCUACGACAAUUUUACUCCCCAAACCCUUGGUGCCAAGCUCCGGCAAGAGAUCACGCACGUGAUAAAUCGGUUCUCCGGGUGGGAGUCCGUGAUGCGGGUGCGGGUGUCGAAGGGCUGGAAGAUCACGCACUUUUUCGGGCAUCUGCUCAUCCGCGGUCAGGACUUGCUGACCGUCCCGAACUGCCAUCGGGAUUUCAACUUCGCAAUAACGGUGGAAAUGGAGGACAACGUGUCCGUCGUGGAUUCGCAGUGCUUCGUCCAGGCGGCCCUCUUGUACACGAACCACGAAGCAGAGAGAAGGAUCCGCGUGUUGACCUACUGCAUGGUAGCCAGCAACAACCACGCCGAGCUCGUCCAGUCCGUCGACCCGCAGACCACCGCCUCCAUUCUCGCACACGUCGCGGUCGACCGGGCGCUGAAGCAGUCCCUGCAAGAGGCCAGGACGUUUUUGACCUCCAGCUGCACGCACAUGAUACAAAGCUCCGCACACAUUCAGGACCAGGGAAACUUCGCGUUCUUGCCACUGUAUUUUUUAUUUUCCAUAAUUUUCUAUUAUCGUAAGAGUUGUCUUCGACUUUGCAAUUGCAGCAGUCCUUGUCUUCGAACCACUCUUGUGCUCUAGUACUAUCUCGUCCAGAAAAUGUGUUUCUCGCUGCUCGCAGGUACAUCUUCGGCAUCCUGAAAUCGAACGCGUUUCGCGCCGGUCCCGGACCCGAUUUACGGUUUGACGUCCGAGCAGCGACCUGGACAAAGCUGAGCACAAUAGGCAUCGACAAAUGCGCGAGUUUGUUUGUCCCAAGGCUGAUCGCGGUAGACGACUUGUCAGACCCUAUCGGGGUGGAGGACGAGUAUCUCCUAUACUUACUUCUUUCGUGGUUUCGCUUCAAGAUUAUUAAGAUCGAGCGUUUAUUUUUGCAGUUUGGUAUUUCCACACGACUGCGUUAUUUUUGCACUACAGUAGUGACGAGUUCUUUCCUACAAGUAUAUCUAGUCGUCGUGCAUUUGCAUGUUGAUUGUCAAUCGAAAUCAAAACAGAAACGGCCUCACGGUCCUCCCGCAGAAGCUUCCACUGACUGGUGCAAGCCUCAGACCGAACGGCGCCUUCCUUCUCGAAAACGGGGAUAGCAUGCUGCUUUUUAUCGGAGCGGAGGUCGACCCAGCCUGGCUAUCAGGGGUAAAAAGAUAUUCUCGUUUGAAAUAGUCAAGAGCGCCACGCGCUCCUGGUAAGUACAAGUCUUGCGAUUUUUUUCCAUUUCGUCAUUUGUUGUGUUUCGACGGGCAAAACCAUCCACGACUCAGGUCUUCGGCGUGAGCACCGUGCCAGAGCUCCCGGUGGACGGGCAAGUGUUCGAAGAGGAAGUGCUCGCGCCAAACGGCAGUCCGUUGAAAGAGAAGUUCCUGAAUAUCAUCGACGCCCUGCGCAGAGAAACCGACGUCCCCUAUAUGAACUUUUCCUUGACGCACCAGGGCCGACACGAUAACAUCGAGCGCAAGUUCUGGGAAAUGCUCAUCGAGGAUAAAGGGGCCGGGAUGCAAGUCAACUACCAGGAAUUCGCCGAUCGUACUUGUCUGUUUUUGCAGCCAGAAAAAACUCUUUUUCGAUGAUUCUUGUUACAACGUCUUAAGUAUUCAAGCCGUCUUUGGUGAUGGCGCCUUUGAUCAUUGGGCUCUUUUGCUAAACCGUAAGUGAAGCGACCUGCACCUACAGCGUAAGUGAUGACGAAGGUUCUCAUUCAGAUUGAGAUUCUCACGCUCACCUGCAUGACUCUAAACACACACAGGCAUGAAACGCGGGUUCCGGGGCUGAGGCGAGCUGUGGCUAAGCGUGUCGUACAUAACGACGCAGCUACCGUGGCACAGGGACGAAAUGCGUAGUCGCGUGCUCUUCUGUGCAGGCCACGAAAAAAGCGGAGAAGUGUCUGGAAAGCGAACCGGAAAAGCGGAGACUUUUACUCACGACUAAAAAACACAAUAGCAUGAAUAUCGAUACGCACCUUGCGGUUGUGUGUUUUUUCGAAAACGCAUAGCAUUAGACGACCCCCCCCAAUAACGUUUGCGUAAACGUACGUACCCGCGCGCGCAAACUUUUGUCAUAGUACACGACGAACUUUUACUUUCCUUUUUCCCAAAUGUAAAUCAGAUUCAUGUAAUAGCAGAAUUUGGCGAUUUCAAGGCGACGAGGCUUCCUGGUCAUGUUGCGGGAACCGCAUUUACACGACAGUACUAGGUCGAUGUCAUCGUCAUCGACCAAGUGUCAGCAAAAUGCGUGGCUCCUUCUGGAUCAUGUCAACUCGUCUGAGAAAAUUUCAGUUUUCGAACUGCUAAUUCCUUUGUUUUUCGAUUUCAUAGCCAUACUCUACCGGUUUGAAGAUGAAUAAAAAACACUUUACUAGUUUCACACUGAUAUUAACUACGCUCUCGCUUGGUCCCUUCAUGGUUUAAGCAUGAACAUGUUUUUUAAAGAACCGACGGAGGUAAAGACCACGACGACGGAGCCUUGCGAUUGUUCCGAACUCGACGUAUAUUCAAUCCAAGAUACCAAACACAAAAGCAAAUAUCUC